AUGCAGGUUCUUGAAUCUGCCGAGGACUAUGGCGGCCCCGAGGACGGGUAUGCAUUCGCAAAGACGAUUGUCGUCUACGAGGAAGAUGGCGAGAUCUACCGCGCGUUCUCGAGGAAGCAGUAUGCAUCAACGGCCGAUAUUCGAUACGCUGAUUUGUACAGCUCGAACAAAAUCCGAUGUGCCCUCUACCCUCAAUUCGAUGACUCCUUCACGAAGGCAGAGGGGUCUGCAGAGUAUUUGUCAACGCUUUAUCUGAAGACGCCUAGUCUCACGACCUACACUCCUCGAAAGCCAAAUCUGAUUCGAGACGCUUGGCUACGGGAAGUUAAAACAUGGGAGCUGCUGAGGAAAUACCCCCAUCCUAACAUCGCAAAAUACCAUGGCUGCUUCGUCUCUGAAACCGGUGCAAUCGAAGCUAUCUACCUGACAACUUAUGACCAAACACUCGCGCAGAAGGUCAACCCGUCGCACCUUGCUAAGGGGGAGUUUGUCUAUGAAAAGCUCGAGACAGAGAAAUCCACGGUGGAUGAAUGGUUCCGAGGCAUCGAAUCGGGCUUGAGACAUCUGCAUACCCUUGGGAUUGUACACAACGAUAUCAAUCCGAACAAUAUUAUGUUUGAGGGCGAAACCCCUGUGAUCAUCGAUUUCGAUUCAGCCCGCCCCCUGGGCUAUAGCCUUGACUGGGUGAAGAUGACAUAUGGCUGGUACAACCACGAGACUAAGCUCUCACUUCCCACCAAUGACCUUGAUGCUUUGCAUGAGAUGAAGCUGUGGCUUGCGGGGGCCGCCGACCAGUUCCAGUUCUAA